AUGCCGCCUCGCAACAGGACGCUCGACUUGCCCGUCGCCGUCAACGAGUCCAUCUCGCUCGACCUCGACCCGCUUCCUCCAGCAGAAGAUGUUCAAGUCUUCUUGGAAGCGCUCGCCUACGAACGCCCUUCGUCCAGAUACUGGUCUCGCCUCGCUUCUCAGCUCUACUUCGAGAACCGAGUCCCCGAAGCCAUUCAGGUGUGCUCCCAAGGUGUGCAGGUCCUCGCAACCCACAAGCCAGCAGAGACGAUCCCGCUUCGAGCCUUGCUCGCUUCCUUUGCACUCAAGAACGCCAGGGCUGCACCCAAGCUGAUCCUCAACGAUGCUCGCUACCAGCGUCUGAACAACCAGCAGCCGAAAGACGCCUUCUACAAAGAGUUCACCGCGACCCAGCAGCAGGCGAACACGCUUGAUCCCAAGCAUCAUGUCAACCAGCUCUCUAGGGCUAUCCACCUUACCACCACCGGUCAGAACGAUGGGGCUCUCGUCCUCUUUGAUGCCAUUCUCAAUCAGCACCCUAGACAUGCGCUCGCUCUUCUUGGCAAAGCGUGCGUUCUCCUUCGCAAGCGUCAGUUUGCUCCCGCUCUCAAGCUCUACCAGCAAGCCCUCGAGGUCAGCAUGCUCGUUCAGGCGAAAGCCGACAAGGAGGGAGAGAAGGCAACCACUCUCGGCUGGCGAGGUCCUGAUGCUCGUAUUGGUAUCGGUCUCUGUCUCUGGGGUCUCGGCCACCACGACUCUGCCAGGAAGGCUUGGAAGCGCGCUGCGCAAGUCAAUCCCAAGAACGCCGCUGCUCACCUCCUGCUGGGCAUCUCCAGUCUCAACCUCGUCAAGCAGACCGCGCGUCUCGUGCCCGGCACGUUCGGCGCUCAUGUCGAGAGGUCCGAAGAGGAGGCCCGCGAGCUCGCUUUCACCGAAGGCAUGUCCAGCCUACAGGAAAGCUGGAAGCUCGACAAGAGCAACGCCACGGCCGCCGUCGUCAUGGCCGAGUAUUUCAUCAACAACGCUGCCCAGGCCAAGAACCAGCCUGGUCCUGUUGCCGAAGUAGAGCGCGCCGCAAUGGCUCACUACAACACUGCACUCAAGCUCGGCGAGCACGCCAUCCAAUACGCCGAGGCUCGCAUCGGUGUCAACCAUGCCCAGCUCAUGUACGCCCGCGCGUCCCACCUCGCUUCGCAGCUCUCCAUCAAUGCUACCCAGCCUGAGCUCCGUCUUCAAGCACAGCGAUACUACACUCGCGUCGUCGACGAUGUGACGCGUAUGCUGCCAAGUGCACCUUCCAAUGCCACUGCUCAGCUCCAUCUGUGCCUGUCGCUCGCCACGCUCGGUCUUGCCCAGUGCCAGGUCGCCAACCGAGUGCCGCUCGCCGCCAUCAACACUCUCGAUGCUCUCACUUCGAAACCCACCAACUCGGCUUCGGCGACCCAGUCCAUCGAGCUUUCCUUGCUGGCCGCCAGCCUGCGCGCUCAGUCGCAUCCCGGCGCUACUGCUUCCGAACGACAGGAGGACGCCGAGCGUGCACGUAUCAUCCUCGACCGUGCUCUCCGUCUCAUUGACGCUGCGAAGCUCGAUGCGUACGGCCCGCAGUCUUUGACCGCUCAGUCGGACGAGUUUCCUUCUGCGUCGCCGGCCAACAUGUCGGCUGCCACUGCCGACGCUGCCGCAGAUGUGCCCGCUGCUCUCGCAAAGGCCUCGCUGUCCAUUCGCACCGAGGAUCUCUCCAAGACGGCGCUCGAGGCGAUUGCCAGUUUGGGAUCGGACCCGCUCACUCGUGUUGAGUUCGCCGAGCUGCUCCAGACCGAAGAUCUCGCCCGAGCCACUACAGCCUACGCAGAGGGCCUCGAGCUGGCUAAGGCGAAGUCAAGCACUCGAGGCAAGGACAUCACUGCUAUCGAAGACGACGAGACUGCCACCAAUGUGGCGCUGCUCACUAGUCUUGAGACGUGUCUCGGCGCAGUGCUUGCCAUCCGCGCCAUGGACAUCCCGAGCAACGACACACAGCGCGAAGAGGAGCGCACAUGGCUGCUCCAGCGAGCCAUUUCGCGCCUCGAGUCUGCCGUCACUGCUUCUGCCAACGCUGUCAAUGCAUUUAGCGCUUCGGCUGCUUCGGCGCCAGCCACUCCCGCACGUCUCGAGGCCCAGAGAACGGUCGAUGCCGUCAAGCUCAUCGCCUCGUACAAUCUUGGUCGCGCCCACGAAGCUGCUGACCACGUAGAUGCUGCUCGUGAGGCCUACCAGGCUCUCCUGCGCGGUCAUCCCGAGUACACGGAUGCCAAAGUCCGUCUGGCCAUCCUCAACGUCUCGAAAGCCCCCGCAAGCGCUCCCGGCCCCGAGUACGUCGCCGAGAUCAAAACGCUGCGCAAUGCUAGCGAAGUACUUCUCCGAGAGGCCCUCACUUCGGACCCAGGCAACCUCGACACACGCUCCACCUACGUGUGCUUCCUUGCCGGCGAGUUCCCUGGCAGCCCUGUCCCGCAGUGGGCUGCGAUCAAGGUCUUCACAGCUGAACUGUUCGGCGCUACGGAUGCCGCGCUGCAGGCCAAGUUCGGUGGGCCAGCUGCAGCCAAGGCAGCAGUCGACAGUGGUCGUCGCGACCCGCACACCCUCUCCGCUCUCGGCUGGGCCUACUACCAGCUCGCCGUCCAUGCCACUGGCUCCACGGCCAAAGCCGAUCGCAGUAAGAACAUGAUGCGCGCGACCGAUCUGAUGGACAAGGCUCUGUCCGCCGAUCCACGCUGCGCCUUCGCUGCCCAAGGAAUGGCCAUCCUCCUCGCCGAAGAUGCCUUUGCCGAAACCGCCGGUGGCACAUCCCUGACACUUCCCUCUUCCCUCGGUGGCGCACCCGAAGAGCGACGCAAGAAGAACGCCGACGAAGCCCUCGCGAUCCUGUCCAAGCUGCGCGAGGUCCGCGAUGAGGGCAGCGUGCACGUAUGCAUCGGUCACGUCCUCAUGCAGAAAGACGAGUUCGAACGUGCGCACAAGUCGUACGAGUUGGCUUCGAAGCGGUUCUUCUCCGACGCCAAUGCGGCGGUGAUCCAGUACGUGGCACGGGCCGAGUACGCGGUGGGCAUGAAGAGCAAGAGCUUUGCCAGUCUGCAGAGCUCCAUGUCGCAUCUGCUUCAGGCGCGGGAGUUGGUCAUCCGCGAACGGGGCACGGAGCAUCCAGAGGUUCGACAGAUCGAAUACAAUUUUGCGGUCACCGCGCAGAAAGGAUUGCAGAUGCUGUUUGAUCUGCAGAAGGAUCGUAAGAGCGCGAGUGCGCUCAGGGAGGCGAUUGCGGCUGUGGAACGGGUGCAGCCGCUGUUGGUGCCUGGCGAUGGCGAGGAAACGGAGAUGGGCAAGCAAGGUGCCUUGAUCGAAGCGGCCAAGAAAGGUCAGCUGCUGUGGAUGGCACCGGACGUGGUGGAGCAGCGAGGCAAGUACGGCGCCUCGUCUCUUCUUCAACGUGCCACCCAAGCGUUGACCGACCAGGAGAGCUACGAAGCGGAGAUGCAGAAGCAGAAGGAAGCAGUGGCGGCGGCGAGGAAGGAGAAGGAGCUGGCGAGGGAGCAGGAGAGGGUGAGGAAGGAGGAGGAGUAUCGUGCGCAGAUCGAGCAGAUGGCCGAGAAGCGCAAGGCGCUGCGGGAGGAGGCGGCCAAGAUCGAGUAUCUGCGCGAGGCGACGCCGGAGAAAGAGCCGAGGAGGAGGGCCAAGAGGGAGGAUGUCACGAGUGGGGAGGAGGAUGCGCCUGACGGUGCAGCCGAAAAGGGUAAGAAGCGUAAGCGAGGUGGCGGGAAGAAGAAGAAGGGUGGAAAGAAGGAUGUUGUGGAAAGCGACAAUGAGGAUAGCGACGACGAAGGGCUGUUUGGUGGCGGGGCGAGUGGAAGCGAGAGCAGCGAUGCGAAUGACGACGAGGACGGUGAUGAAGAGAUCAUCCGCAACGGCGCACAGUUGCUCGCCGACGAAGGCGAAGCCGGGGCCACCCGCAGCGGCAAGUCGUCCAAGCUAUCCAAGCUGGCCAAGUCCAAGAAGAAGUCCUCCUCGUCGUCGUCGAGCAAGAAGGCCAAGCCGGAAAAGAAGAAGAAGCGCAAGAGUCUCAAGAGGGCCAAGGCGCGCGACACGGACGAAGACGACGAUGAUGACAAUGAGGCAGCUGAUGGCGGGGACAGCGACGAGGACGCGGGCCGAGCGAGGAAGAGCAAGAAGGGCGUCUUCGACGAGAGCAGCGAUGAGGACGACGACGUGGUCGAGAAGAAGAAGUCAAGCUCAAGUCAGAAGAGGACCAAGAAGGCGCGUGUCACCAACGACAUGAUUGACAGCGACGAGGAGAUGGCGCUUCUCGAGAUGGAGUAG